GUCUGUGGUGCAAUGUGGUGAAUGUGAAUCCGCCAUUUUGCAUGGCUUCGUUUGCGUUGCUGUAAAGUGCGUCGCAUAUUGUUUUAAAAUUGUAGUUAUAGCUUAUCGCAAGCGUGUUUAAAAAUAUUAAUCUGUGAUAACUAGCUCUUAAGUUUAUUAAUAUACGUAAUUCUUGUUAAUUUAUUUAGUGUUUAAGUGUUUGUGACUCGUGAAAAUGGGCAGGAAGAAGAAGAAGGCAUCUAAACCAUGGUGCUGGUAUUGCAACAGGGAGUUUGACGACGAGAAGAUUUUGAUUCAACACCAGAAAGCGAAGCAUUUCAAAUGUCACAUUUGUCAUAAGAAAUUAUAUACGGGUCCGGGCUUGUCUAUACACUGCAUGCAGGUCCAUAAGGAAGCCAUAGACAAAGUACCAAAUUCGUUACCAAAUAGGUCAAAUAUAGAAAUAGAAAUUUAUGGUAUGGAAGGUAUUCCACCUGAAGAUAUAAGGGAGCAUGAGAAGCAAAAAUCAGGUGGAGGCAAAGGGUCAGACAGUGAAGAUGAUGAGCCUGCUGCAAAGAAAAAAGCUACUCCUGCUUUAUUAGGUGCGGGACCUUCAACAGUGACCCCGGGUAUCCUGCCUACCCCAAUGGGACCUGGCAUGCCAGGAAUGUACCCUGGACACAUGCAGAUGAAUCCGAUGAUGCCUCCCUUCAUGCAGGCACAGGCUAGACCCAUGACUAUAUUUGAACAUGACACCCAGAAGUUUUUAAGAAUGAUGAUGCCCGGCAUGCGGCCGCUGUUCCCCGCGGCGAGCGUGGCGGUCUCCACGCCCAGCAAGCCCACUUUCCCCGCUUACAGCAACGCGACGAUAAGCGCCCCGCCGACCACGUCGGCCUCCCUGGAGCCGAAGGAGAACGGCGACGUGAAGCCGCCCGCCGCCAACGCCUGCCCGCUGGUCACGGCCACGGGCGCCGCCUCCAAGAUCGUGCACCCGCCCGAGGACGUGUCGCUCGAGGAGAUCCGCGCGCGCCAGCCCCGCUACCGGCCCAAGCCCAAGGAGCCGCCGCACCAGCACCAGCACCAGCACCAGCCCGCCAUGGUCACGCCCAGCACCAGCCAGGCUGAGGUAAGCAUGGUGCAGGCGCACAUGAACGCGGCCGUGGCGGCGGCGGCGCGGCAGCAGGCGGCGGCGCAGGCGCAGGCGCAGCAGGCGCUGCGGCGGCCCAUGAUGCAGCCCGUGCACGUGCUGCAGCAGCCCGUGCGCGUGGGCGUGCCCGUGUCCAUGCCGCCCGUCAUGGGCGUGCUGCCGCUGCCGCAGUUCAACCUGGUGCGCCCGCUGCAGCCCGGGAUGCUGUUGCCCGGCAUGGGCGGCAUGGGCGGCAUGGGCAGCAUGGGUGGCAUGGGCGGCAUGGGCGGCAUGAUGCCCAUGGGCGCCAUGUUCCCGGGCGGCGUGCCGGGGAUGAUGAUGCAGCAUCGGUUCCGAUAGCGGCGCCCCGAACGACUCGCUGGCUGAACAUAGUGUGUAUUUUCGUCUGGCUAGGGCGGGCGUGUUGCGGUUGGGUUUGAGUGUUACUCUGUUCUGUUAUGUGGUCUGUGAGCUUUACAGUCGAACUACGGUGAUUUGCAAGAUUUAACUUUCUUGGUGUUUAAUCAGAAUUGUUGAACACUAAUCGGCAAUAAAACAACACAUUUUUGCAAAAUUAAUUAUUAAAAAUAAAUAAGUUCAAAAUUAAACCAUCCAGAGAGGACGAGGUAUUUUUUGUUGUAUGUAUCUCAAGUACUAACGAUUCUGGAUUAAAGAAAAAAACACUUAACAAAGUUCAGAUGCAGCUGGUCGUAAAGAGAAAUGCUAAUUUAAAUAUCAAAGUUGUACAGUGACUGUUUAGCUUCUAGCGCGACUAAAAAUUCACAUCUAUAGAAAUUUUACUUUUAUUGACAACUGAACACCCAAACCACAAUACGCCUCUAUACAGUUUCCCGUUACCUAUACUUUUAAAUGUUAAGGCAAUCCGUGGCCGAGCUAUAUAGCAACUGAUGCAAAAUGGAGGGUAAUUUUAAAUUAUACUAUACAAUAGCUAUCAUAGUUAAUACUUCACUAUUUCUUAUUUUAUUGCAAAAUUUAACCUAAUUUAAGCAAACCGUCCGAAAUCACGUCAAUAUUAAAUUUUUAUCACCUCCACUCUGCGACGGUUGUUAUUGAUGAACUAUGGAAGUAAAAUUAAACAAUUAAACAUUUUCUGGAAUAACUUAAAUACUUUUUAGCAUGAUUCAUAGUUCUAAAGCGGACCAAUAGCGUCCACAAACUUAAAGCAAUCUUAACUUGGCAAUAACGCUUCACUUAACAUUCCAUAGCCGACGAGCCAAGCGAGUAGGAUCUUAUGAUAACUAUAAUAAUUGUGUUAAUAUAAAGAGUUGCUUACUGUUGACAGAGGCUGGGUCGGCCCGCGCCGACAGAAGCGCAGGUAGGCGCUCGAUAGUACUUAUUAUUACGUCCGCUUGACGAUUGUGUGUCCAAUGCUCUUGCUAAUUCGGUGACGGGAUACUUACAAGGUAAGACGCACGCACUCGCGAGCGCGCAACGGACGAGGACGCAACCACAUAUGCCAAUUUAGUUUUAAACAAUUAAUUAUUUUAUUUUUUGAGAAAGGCGUGAUUUCGUGAUAUACGAUGGACUAUUGACAUUGACUAAAGCAUUGACUAAGCUAAUCAUGACAAUUUAAAUGUUGAUUAAUUUAAACGUGUUAAACCAUAAUCAUUCUGAUUGAAAUUCACAUCUGUCAAUCUCAUUAACUCUUGAGACUUUUCGAUCUACUUCGAAAAGCGUUCGUAAAAUGUCCAUAUUGGACGAUUAUAUUUGUAUUAAAUUCGACAUGAUCCAAAUUCCGUUGCGUGCCUCGCGUAAAACGUUAGCGCUAGCGUUUUCGCGGAGCCGAUACAGACGGCAACAAAAGUUACGCGAGCGAAGUGCUUAAUAUGAUCUUUAAGCUCCUUUUACACAGAUAACUACGUUUACAUACAAAAUGGCCACACUAUACUAAACACAACACCAAUUUGCGACUGAAGGUAUUUUGCCAUCACUUAUGCUUGUUCCAGUCCCAGUGAAAGGGAUAGCAUUAUAACUUCAGUCGCUACUAGGUAGGUACUGUGACUACUAUAGUGUCACUCGAUAGUAUGUAAUCGCAGCGCAGCUGUUGAAAAAGCAGCCGUAUUCUCUAUACAAUAAAGUCACUUUCAGCUCUUAGUUCGUGCCACUGUUGCUGCUCUCGUCCCUCCCACUAGCGUAGUCGAGGGACGCGGCCGCGAGAAACUUGGCAUGCUAUCGAUGUGCUGUCGAAACGAACCAUCUGUCCAUGUAGACUUGGAUUUUACACAACCUUACUUCAUAAUGGUACGUAGAAAAUGAUUUCGGUUAUUGGAUGUGCUGCAAUGUCUCCAAACCAAAUAUCGGGAAUUAUUCAUUUGUAACGAGACAAAAAGUACUGAGACAGACCAAGAAGUAAGUCGAUUUGUGUUUUAAAUGAUACCAUUUGCAACACAGUUAACUCGGUACUCGUAAACUUUAUUGCAACGAGAUAAGGUCUACAUUGGUAAGUUAAGUGCGUUGCUGUUUUAUCGAAGAUUCUAAUUAAUCAAAAGGUUGUAUAAGACCUAAAAGCAAAGUCUGAUGUUAGUUUCGAUAGCACAUACUCCUGAGCCCGUAUACGGAUAGCGUUAAAGGCUGGUUCCAUGGACGUUUCACCGUUCGACGUGUGUUGGUCACAUUGGUUAGAUCGUAGAUUGUCUAUGGACAACACCAAUUUUUAUAUUUUCUGAUAUGGUCAUUGUACUUUUCUUACCACAAUUUGCUGGCGCUCGUGGCACAAAACUUGUCAUUUUUUAUAGUUUUGUAGAAGCCACUUAGAUAUUUUUUUAAAAAUACUUACAAAAGUUGUAUGCGAUCACAGAUUAUGGCGAGAAAACCUAAAAUGCCUACUGUUAUCGAAUUGUAUUAUCAACCAAUAGAAUAACGCCGUCAGCGGUAGAGCUCGUCCCGGAGCAGGCCAGGGCGGGGUAGGUAGGACAGGUGACUCGCUCGCCACGCCGUGGCUGGGCCGCCAGUUCCCUGCUCGAGCAGGCGACGCGCUGUCACAACGACUGUUGUUGGAUUGACGGCCCCCUGUCUCACAUUAUUACCUACCAUACUGUUAGUAAGGACCGCUGUAAGGACUAAGAUUCGUUAAUGUUAUCUGCCUUGAAACCAUUUUUUUCUUAAGCAUUUCCAUUAUGAAGUUGUGAUGUUUGCCUAAUCUUGUAGAAUUUUGACUAUUUUACCGAAUAAAUGCGCUGGAAUUUUA